GGUCCUAACAUUUCCCCUUAUCCCCUGCCUGGGUUCAAACUUCAACUCCCAGGGUUCGUCCAGAUCCCUCCCCUUGCCCUGUCAUCUAAUGCAUAUGCAAAUACCACAUAAUUGGCAGCCAAUAGUGUGGGUUCUGGUCACAUGGUGCCGGUGGUAGGUGAGCGGACAGAAGUUGUGUGUCGGUGAACAGAGAUAGCUCUCAGUCUGGGGCGAGCGCUUUAGUGAGCGUGGACGGAUGCUUGGGCUGUAGUCUCUGCGGCAGCGGUGGCGGCACUAGUGGUGGCAGAAGAGAGGAAGGGGGAGGGCCCGAGGGCUACACACGCUCACACUUUCAAGUUCCCUUGGAGGGAUAGGAGGUGGGGCUGCAGAUAGAGGAGGCCAGGAGCAGUUCCAUCCGUCCCGUCCCGUCUCCCCUUCUCCUCUGGCUCCCUGCACCCUGGCUCUCUGAGAGUUGAGGGUUCGGGUGGCAGUACGCGGCAGUGAGGGCAAGAGGGCCAGGAGAGCGGGGAGUGGAGCCAGGGGUGCGGGGGAAGAUGCCCAUCCUGCUAUUCCUCAUAGACACGUCCGCCUCUAUGAACCAGCGCACUGACCUGGGCACCUCCUAUUUGGACAUUGCCAAAGGCGCUGUGGAGUUAUUCUUGAAGCUGCGCGCCCGGGACCCCGCCAGCCGCGGAGACAGGUACAUGUUGGUCACCUACGACGAACCGCCGUACUGCAUCAAGGCUGGUUGGAAGGAAAACCACGCAACAUUUAUGAGUGAACUAAAAAAUCUUCAGGCUUCUGGACUUACUACUCUUGGUCAGGCUCUAAGAUCCUCAUUUGAUUUGUUGAAUCUCAAUAGAUUAAUAUCUGGAAUAGACAAUUAUGGACAGGGAAGAAAUCCAUUUUUUUUAGAACCAUCUAUUUUAAUUACCAUCACAGAUGGAAACAAGUUAACAAGUACGGCUGGUGUUCAAGAAGAGCUUCAUCUUCCUUUGAAUUCGCCUCUGCCUGGAAGUGAACUAACCAAAGAACCUUUUCGUUGGGAUCAAAGGUUAUUUGCCCUAGUGUUGCGUUUGCCUGGAUUGGCUUCAACUGAACCAGAGCAAUUAGGGAGUGUACCAACUGAUGAAUCUGCCAUCGCACAGAUGUGUGAAGUCACUGGAGGUCGCUCCUACUGUGUUAGAACACAAAGAAUGUUGAAUCAGUGUUUAGAAUCUCUAGUUCAAAAAGUUCAGAGUGGUGUAGUUAUUAACUUUGAAAAAACGGGACCAGAUCCACUUCCUAUUGGAGAAGAUGUUCUUAUGGAUUCAUCUAGGCCAAGCAAUUCAUUUGUUGCUCAACCAUGGCAUAGUUGUCAUAAGCUCAUUUAUGUACGACCUAACUCUAAAACUGGUGUUCCUGUUGGACAUUGGCCAAUUCCAGAAUCUUUUUGGCCAGAUCAGAAUUUACCUUCACUACCUCCACGAACAUCUCAUCCUGUUGUGAAGUUCUCCUGUGUAGAUUGUGAACCGAUGGUAAUAGACAAACUUCCCUUUGACAAAUACGAACUUGAACCUUCACCCUUAACUCAGUACAUCCUGGAACGAAAGUCUCCCCAUACCUGCUGGCAGGUGUUUGUUACUAGCAGUGCAAAAUACAAUGAACUUGGAUAUCCAUUUGGUUAUUUAAAAGCCAGUAUGACUUUAACUUGUGUAAACCUCUUUGUGAUGCCAUACAACUACCCAGUUUUACUCCCUCUUUUAGAUGACUUGUUUAAAGUUCACAAGCUUAAGCCAAAUCUGAAGUGGCGACAGGCUUUUGACAGCUACUUAAAAACUCUGCCUCCGUACUACCUAUUACCGUUAAAGAAAGCACUAAGGAUGAUGGGAGCUCCAAAUCUGAUAUCAGAUAAUUUAGAUUGUGGACUUAGUUACAGUGUUAUCUCUUACCUUAAAAAACUCAGCCAACAGACGAAACUAGAGUCAGAACGAAUACUAGCGUCAGUGGGGAAGAAACCUCCCCAAGAAAUUGGAAUCAAAGUGAAAAAUCAUUCUGGAGGUGGUGUGUCCUUGACUCACAGUAAAAAUUUUAGAAAACUAUUGAAAGAAAUCAUAGGGGAAACGUCACUGAGACUGACAGAACUGAAUACCAAAGAAUUUGCUGGCUUCCAAGUAGGGCUCUUAAACAAGGAUUUGAAACCUCAGACAUAUAGAAAUGCUUAUGAUAUUUCACGUAGAGGUCUUUUAGACCAGUUAACCAGAAUGAGAUCCAAUCUGCUGAAAACACACAAGUUUAUUGUUGGACAAGAUGAAGAUUCUCUUCAUAGUGUUCCAGUUGCACAAAUGGGUAACUAUCAGGAAUAUCUAAAGACAUUGGCUUCUCCACUUCGAGAGAUUGAUCCAGAUCAACCCAAAAGACAGCAUACUUUUGGCAAUCCAUUUAAACAAGAUAAGAAGGGAAUGAUGAUUGAUGAAGCAGAUGAGUUUGUAGCAGGGCCACAAAACAAAGUGAAACGUCCUGGAGAACCCAACAGCCCUCUAUCAUCUAAGAGAAGGCGGAGUAUGUCCCCGCUGUUGAGGAAACCACAAACACCACCUACUGUAACUAACCAUGUGGGCGGAAAGGGACCACCCUCAGCCUCGUGGUUCCCAUCUUAUCCAAACCUCAUAAAACCCACCCUUGUACAUACAGAUGCUACUGUCACUCACGAUGUCCAUGAGGAAAAGAUGGAAAAUGGUCAAAUCCCACCUAAUGGCUUGUUGUCAAAAUCUGCUGCACCAGAGCUUAUGAAUAUGGCAGGAGACUGUAUUCCACACAACCAAUUGGAUUCUCUGUCUGAUGACUUCACUAGCCUAAGGAAAGAUGGCCUGAUUCAUAAACCUGGUAGUAAUGCACUUAUAGGAGGAACCAAAAACUGCAGUGUCUCUGCAGAUGAUCGAAAAAUCUCAGUAGCAUCUACUUUGGGAACUGUGCCAAAUACAUUGCAAAUAACUCCUGCUAUGGCACAAGGAAUCAAUGCUGAUAUAAAACAUCAAUUAAUGAAGGAAGUUCGAAAAUUUGGACGAAAGUAUGAAAGAAUUUUCAUUUUGCUUGAAGGAGUGCAAGGACCUUUUGCAGUCAAGAAACAAUUUGUUGAAUUUACCAUUAAGGAAGCUGCAAGGUUUAAAAGACGAGUCUUAAUUCAGUACCUUGAGAAGGUACUAGAAAAAAUAGAUUCCCACCACCUUCACAACAAUGUUAAUCACAUCAACAGCAGAUCAUCGUGCUAAUGCAGAGACCAAGGAGAGAAAAAGGGCAAGUUUUCUGUGCUGUAGUAUGGGAUAUGGUUGAAGCUUCCUAGAAUGUUUUAGUCAAGAGAAUUGCCUUCCAGAAGCUAAGACAAAGCAGUGGAGAUUUUUUAUUUAUGAUUCUCUGGCAGUAAAAGCUGGCUUUGUUUGCUCUUAAGAAUUUUCUCUGAAACUAUUAAUUUGUUAUUUUGUUGUUUCUUUUCCCAAUUGAGGAAGGUACUGUUAUUAAUGCAGCAGGUUAAAUUCAGUAAACACUGUUGCCCCUACCACAGGUGACAAGUGUUCACUCAUUUGAACUUGGCUGUUCUGGGCAUUUCCAGAGUGAGUAGGGGCCACCUGUAAGUGGAGAACAAUUUAGUGCUCUUACUAUGUCUUUUAGAAAGAAUUGAUGUCCAGAAUCCAACUGGUAAUCUUGUGUGUGCCGAACAAAGUUUUCAACAAUUCCUAGUUGUGCCUUUUAAACCAUGCAAUAUUCAGGACAGACAGAUUGAAUCAAAGAGUAAGAAAGCUGCUAUUAGGGUAACUUAUUUCUCUGUGGGAGGGAUCAGGGAGAGUCACCAAACAAUCUACCUCCAACUCUCUUCUAAUUUGUCUAGAGACAUUACCAAGUGCACCUGAGGCUGCCCCAACCCCUGACAUUUGUUCUUGCAUAAGAUGACAGAAAGUCUUCAGGUGAACCUGAACAUUCUGUGCUUUGAAAGCACUAAAAAAUAUAUAUUGUAUAUAUUUCCUUUAAUGUUUAUACAAAGGUUUAUAUGGAACAGUAUUGUUAUGUUUAUUGUAUUAAUUUGCAAAAAUUAUGUGUACAAAGAGAUUUUGACUUUGCAUAUAUAAAAUAAAUCAUUUUAUUGAUUUUUGCAAGUUUAUGAAUGCUAGAGAAAUUUCUAGUU